UUCUAUUCUGUUCCGUUCCUGUCCAGUCCAGUCCAAUCCAGUCUAGUCUAGUCUGGCUUAUCCUAAAAAAAACCCCAAAACAAUCCAGCAUAACCUCUUUCUUGACAGAAAGAGACACAGGGUACGGAUGAGCAGACCUAUUAUGAACAUGUCAUGAUGGUGUCCACCCCCAAUCAUCUCUGAUUGAUGCUGUUUCUUUUUUCCGUCAGUCCCUUCCCCGCUCCAGGUGUACCAUAAAUUGUCAGCCUGGCCAAGCCAAGGUGGUCUUAGAAGGAAGGUCUGUUUGCUGCUAUGGGUGUAUCUUGUGUGCAGAAGGAACCAUCUCCACUCAGGAAGGUAGGAGACACACCAGGGGGAGAGGCAGGUCUUGGAAUGAUGGGGCAAGAAGCAUUUCCAUUCAAGGAUAUUUGGAAGCAAACUUGCAAGCCUUAAACAAAGAGCCUCAUGGAUGAUGGCAGAAAGUAUUAGGUAAACAGAGGAAAGCUAACAGAUUUGGGUGCAGAUCUCGAGAAAGGAUGCCCAGUAGCACACCAGAUAAAUCUUUGAAAAAGGGAUAUGGUUGAGACAUUGAAGUUCUCAAUUGCCAGGAUAUGGAUUUGUAUACAUUUGGGGAUUAAGCUAUCUGAUGAUAUAGCUCUUAAGAAGCUCUUCACCUUCUUGGGACCUUCCUCUCCAUUCCAGCCAGCUUAUUUCUACUCCUGCCUUCACCAAGCCCUUUUUGUUAACAUUGGCUAUUUUCCUUCCUUAUUUUUACUAGGGAGUUUACAAGGCAUUUUUUUUUCCUUUACAGACCUGGAUUUUGAGGAACAAUAUCUUAGCCAUAACAUUAUUUAUAGAUAGUAUUCAAAAGGAAUGUUUUAUUAUGAGCAUGUAAAAUUAAUAUUUGAGGUCUUGCCUCUCUUUUCCCCAGAUGCAGAGAAGUGUGCAAGAUGUCCCCAAAAUCAUCAUUCAAAUAAAGGCCAAACCAAAUGCAUCCCCAAAAAUAUAACCUUCUUGUCAUACACAGAAGACUUGGGAAUGAUUCUGACUUCCUUUGCCAUCUUCUUAUCUUUGGUCACUGCCUUCGUCUUAGCAAUCUUCAUCAAAUUCUUAGAAACUCCCAUAGUCAAGGCCAACAACCGGGACCUCUCCUACCUUCUCCUGGUCUCUCUCCUGUUGUCCUUCUUGACUUCCCUCCUUUUCAUUGGUUGUCCAAGGGCAGCCACCUGCCUUCUCAGGCAAACAUCCUUCAGCAUCAUCUUCUCCAUUGCUGUCUCUUCUAUCUUGGCCAAAACUAUCAUGGUGGUGCUGGCCUUCCUGGCCACAAAGCCUGGGAACGUGGUGAGGAGAUGGCUGGGAAAGACUCUGGCCAACUUCAUUGUCCUUUCUUGCUCUGGUCUCCAAGUUGUCAUCUGCAUCAUCUGGCUGGAAGUUUCACCCCCGUUCCCUGAGUCUGACAUGCACUCUCAGACUGAGCAGAUUGUCCUGCAGUGCAAUGAAGGUUCUGUCGCUAUGUUUUAUGUUGCCCUCAGCUAUAUGGGCUUCCUGGCUGCCAUCUGCUUUGUGGUGGCUUUCCUAGCCAGGAACUUGCCUGGGGCCUUCAACGAAGCCAAGCUGAUCACCUUUAGCAUACUAGUCUUCUGCAGUGUUUGGGUCUCCUUUGUGCCCGCCUACCUGAGUACAAAGGGGAAAUACAUGGUGGCUGUGCAGGUCUUCUCCAUCUUGGCCUCCAGUACUGGAUUGUUGGGCUGUAUCUUCAUCCCCAAGUGCUACAUUAUUAUUCUGAGGCCAGAUCUGAAUACAAAGGAGCAUCUAACGGCAAACAGUAAAGAUGGCUUGAAAGUGAAUGCAAAAUAACCUGACAAUUCUCAUAAAUUUCUCGAAAUCAUUUGAGAACUUUGGUGAUUUUGUUGGUAGCACUCUAUGGCUUUCACCACUGGAGGAAGUGCAUAUGAUCAAAUGUCUCUAGAAUUCUAUUAGAACAGGUUUAUCUGAUUUUGCUCUCUUUUAAGGAAGAUGGACAGUGACCAGAGCUUUGUCUUCUCACCCUCUGCCUAACAACUGAUCUGAUAAUCCACUAUGAAGGCAACAUUAAAAUGUUAAAAUACUUUUCAAACAUUAAAUAAAUACUUUUUCAAACAUUAAAACUUAAUUCAUCUGAAAGCAUUUUUACAUGUUGAUUGGAUUUUAAGUUACAAAUGUGUUGAUAUAGUUGUGGGAGAAAAUUUAGGAAAUUCUAAUAGUUAAAAAUGUAAAUAUGAUGUUGAACGAACCCCCUUAAAUAUGGAAGGUGACAUUUAUGACAAUCCUGUGACUCAGUCAGGAAAAGUAUUUUAUAUACAAUAGAUGGAAAACAUUUCCUUGCUUCUAUGUUGUGAUCAAUUUUUAAAAAAAUACCUUUAUACAGGUAGUCCUCCAUUUAAGACUGCAAUUGAGACCAACAUUUAUGUUGCUGAGUGAGAA